AUGGAAGAAAAGGACUGCCCCGUCGAAUCAUUCAAACCCGAGGAUGACAAGAAAAGCACACCACCAGAAAUAGCAGUUGCUGAUGAACCGUUCCCAUUCUUCGGCCUGCUUUGCUACGCCGAUGCGCUAGAUUGGCUGCUCAUGGUAUCAGGGACAAUUGGGUCCUUCGUACACGGCAUGGCACCUGCAAUGUCAUAUUACAUACUUGGCAAAGCUGUUGAUAUGUUUGGGGACAACAUAGGCAAUCGGGAGGCAAUUGUCCAUCAACUUACUAAGUUACUUCCAUAUAUGUGGUCCUUGGCAAUUAUUACACUUCCUGCUGGAAUGAUUGAAAUUACAUGUUGGAUGUACACAAGUCAGAGACAAAUGACACGCAUGCAGAUGGCAUAUCUGGGAUCAGUACUCAGUCAAGAUGUCGGAGCUUUUGACACCGACUUAACCACCGCGAACAUCAUGGCCGGAACAACAAAUCACAUGAGCGUCAUAAAAGAUGCAAUUGGAGAGAAGAUGGGUCACUUUAUUUCUAAUUUCUCCACAUUCCUAGUCGCUGUCAUUGUUGCUUUUGUGUGCUGCUGGGAGGUGGGUAUGCUCUCUCUGUUAGUUGUUCCGAUGCUUCUUGUGGUUGGAGCAACAUAUGCUAAAACAAUGAUUGGCAUGUCGAUGACAAGGACAGCCUUCGUCUCUGAAACAACCACUGUUGUGGAACAGACUCUUUCACAUAUCAAGACUGUCUUCUCAUUUGUUGGAGAAAACUCGGCGAUGAAAUCCUUUGUGAAAUGCAUGGACAAGCAAUACAAGUUAAGCAAGAAAGAGGCAUUCAUAAAAGGACUAGGUUUGGGAAUGUUACAGAUUGUAACUUUCUGUUCGUACUCACUGACAAUCUAUGUUGGAGCAGUAGCAGUAACUAGAAGAUCCGCGAAAGCGGGUGAGACAAUUGCGGCUGUUAUUAACAUCCUCUCCGGUGCAAUAUAUCUCUCAAAUGCAGCUCCAGACCUUCAGAUCUUCAGUCAAGCAAAAGCUGCUGGUAAAGAAGUGUUUAAGGUUAUCAAAAGAAAUCCAGUGAUAAGUUCUGAAUCAAAUGGAAGAAUAUUGGAGAAGGUCAUCGGUGACAUUGAAAUACGAGAGGUGCAUUUCACAUAUCCAUCCCGUGAAGAUAAUCCAAUUCUCCAAGGUUUCUCGCUGACUGUACCGGCAGGCAAAAUUGUGGCUCUUGUCGGGAGUAGUGGAUGUGGGAAGAGCACUGUGAUUUCUUUGGUUCAGAGGUUCUACGAUGCUAUGUCAGGUGACAUAUUAAUUGAUGGUCAAAACAUUAAGGAACUUGAUCUGAAGUCCCUGAGGAGAAAUAUAGGUUCAGUGUCUCAAGAACCAUCACUCUUUUCUGGUACUAUUUCUGAUAAUUUGAGAAUCGGCAAAAUGGGUGCAACUGAUGAAGAGGUCACUGAAGCAGCAAAAACAGCUAAUGUGCACACUUUUAUUUCCAAGCUUCCAAACCAAUACUCAACUGAGGUAGGAGAAAGAGGUGUGCAACUAUCAGGAGGCCAGAAGCAGAGAAUAGCUAUUGCAAGGGCUAUUCUAAAAAAUCCUCCAAUUCUUCUGCUUGAUGAAGCCACAAGUGCACUUGAUUCAGAAUCCGAGAAGUUAGUUCAGGAUGCUCUUGACAGAGCUAUGCAAGGGAGGACUGUUAUCUUGAUUGCCCACAGAAUAUCAACAAUUAUAAACGCGGACAAGAUUGUUGUUGUGGAGAAUGGAAGAGUAGCUCAUUCAGGAACCCACAAAGAAUUGCUGGAGAAAAGUGCAUUCUACUCGAGUGUAUGCAACAUGCAGAAUCUAGAGAAGGAAUCUGACAAGAUUGGAGAAAGAAUCACAGAGCAAGACGAAGAAGAACAAGACAACAAGCCAUCUUUCGCUGCAGAUGAUGAAGAGAAGAGAAUAGAAUUGACCUCAAAGCAACCGAAGCAAGGGAUCAGAAAGAGAACAUCUGCUUUCUACAGAAUAUUUCUUGGAACUUUUAAACUUGUGCCCGGAAAAGUUCUGCUGGGUUCCACAGCAGCAGCAAUCUCUGGGAUCUCGAGGCCUAUAUUUGCUUUCUUCAUUAUAACGGUUGCCAUGGCAUACCUGGAGACAGAUGCAGAGAGAAUAGUUGGCAAAUACUCUGUAAUUUUGUUCCUAGUUGGGUUCUUAACAUUCUUCAGUAACAUCUUUCAGCACUAUGUCUAUGGCCUGGUUGGUGAAAGGGCGAUGAAUAACCUAAGGGAGGCCCUCUUUUCAGUCGUUCUUCGGAGCGAAGUAGGUUGGUUCGAAGAACCCGGGAACAGCGUUGGCUUCCUGACAUCGCGUGUUGUCAGCGACACCUCCAUGAUCAAAACGAUUAUAUCCGACCGAAUGUCCGUCAUCGUUCAGUGCAUCUCUUCGAUCCUGAUAGCAACCGUGUUAAGCACAGCAGUGAACUGGAGGAUGGCUCUAGCCGUAUAUGCUAUGAUGCCGUGCCACCUAAUCGCCGGCCUCGUACAAGUCAGGUCAGCGAAAGGCUUUGCCACUGACAUUUCCAGUUCUCACCAGAAGCUCAUCUCGCUCACCUCAGAGGCCGUCAGCAACAUCCGCACCGUGGCGUCUUUCGUCCAGGAAGAGGAGAUACUCAGGAAAGCGGACCUAGCGCUUCAAGAACCAAUGCGGACAAUCAGGAUGGAGAGCAUCAAGUAUGGAGCGUUGCAGGGGGUUGCCCUCUGCCUAUGGCACAUGACGCACGCCAUCCAGUUGAGCUGCACCAUCGCGCUGCUCGGCAAGGGACUGGCGACAUUUGAAAACUGUGUACGAUCAUAUCAGACGUUCGCGCUGACGGUGCCUUCCAUCACGGAGCUAUGGACCUUGAUCCCUAUGGUCAUGUCGGCGCUCGCGGUACUGGACCCUGCGCUCGACAUUCUUGACAGAGAAACAACGAUUGUGCCGGAUGUACCAAAAGCGUCUCAUGAUGAGGAAGACAGAAUUGUGGGCGGCAUCGCGUUUGAAGGCGUCAGCUUCAGCUAUCCCUCCAGAGCAAAGGUGACCAUUCUGGAUGGCUUCAGUCUCGCCAUUAAGCCAGGCCAGAGGGUCGCCUUGGUCGGCCCGAGCGGCGCCGGAAAGUCCACGGUGUUCGCGCUCCUGCUAAGGUUCUACGAGCCUAGCCAAGGAAGAGUGCUUGUAGACAGCAAGGACAUCAGGGACUACAACCUGAAGUGGCUGAGGAGGCAGAUAGGGCUGGUCCAGCAGGAGCCGAUCCUGUUCAACCUGUCCAUCAGGGAGAACAUCAGCUACGGCAACGAAGGCGCGUCGGAGGCGGAGAUAGUGCAGGCCGCAACGGAGGCCAACAUCCAUGAGUUCAUCAGCGGCUUGUCGGCGGGGUACGGCACCGUGGUCGGGGACAAAGGGAGCCAGCUUUCUGGGGGGCAGAAGCAGAGGAUCGCCAUCGCGAGAACCAUUCUGAAGAAGCCUGCCAUACUGCUGCUGGACGAGGCGACCAGCGCCCUGGACGGCGAGUCCGAGAGGGUGGUGAUGAGCUCCCUCGCCGCGAAGGGGUGGGGGAAGAGCGGUAUCGGCGAGGUGUCGUCGAGCACGACCACGAGCAUCACGAUCGCGCACCGGCUGUCCACGGUCGCGGGCGCGGAUGCGAUCGUCGUGAUGGAGAAAGGCGCGGUGGUUGAGAUGGGCAGCCAUGAGACGCUGGUCUCUGCGAGCAAUGGUGUAUACUCGCGGAUGUACCCAGGGCCGGUCCUGGGGAGGGGCGAACGGGGCGGCCGCCCCGGGCCCCCAAAAGCCAGGGGCCCCCUCCCAGGUAUACGUACGUAG